AUGAACCGGGUCAUUUCUUCGCCUACUAAACAACGUCCAUCUGCCGAGCUAGUCCCAGUCAUCGAUGAGCUAAAGGCUAUCUGCAGCGAAUAUGCAACCAACUUGAACCUUUCGGCUUCAGCCACAGAGUGCUUGCUGCGACUUCGCCACACACUCAUCGAUACCGACCGUCCUCAAGAUGCUAAAGAGUCAUUCCGUCAUCUAAACGGCUUCCAGACACUUCUAAAUCUCCUCCGGAAGCUCUCCGAGAUAUACAGCCCGAAUGCGCACCCGAAGGAAGAGAGACGAGGUCUGUUGGCUGUGUACAAAGAUGGUCUGACGGUCCUUGCCGAAUGCCUUAGGGACCACCUAGGGAACAAGAGGCACUUUGCGAGUCGGAUACCUGGUGGGGGCCAAACAGCUUUGGAGGAAGCUUUCGCCAUAAUCGCUCUGAAAAUUAACACGGUUCAAGGAGAUGUGGAAUAUUUUUGUGGUAGCAUUCUUGCCGCAGCGCUGUGUCAAGAAACCGUUGUAGAUGUUUUCACAACGCUCAGGACGAAGCUUCAAGGAGCGGACAAAUCCGAGAUUACCCCCGAUGCUGUCAAAAGGGAAGUUGAACGGUAUAUAGGACCUUCUGAGACUAUCGAAGCACCCGAGAUUCUCGGUCCGCUGCUUCGAGUAUGGCUUAAACAAUCCUUCUGGGUGAAGUCUGACCAAACUGUUCAGAAACUAGCAAUACCAGCAUGCCUAUGUCGACUUGCAUCGCAAUCGCAGCGAAACUUGAUGACCUUGAAUAAUACAGGGGCUCUCAGCCUUGCUCUCCCGCUUUUGUUCAGUGAGGAUUGCCCAGAACCAGAGCAAAUGCUUUACCAGGAAUUCGCACAAUUGCUAUGCAUCCAAGGAAUCAGGCACAUGAAUGAUGCCAUCUACCUCUACAAGAAAGCUCACAAAUACCCUGCCGCCCUGCGGUUCCUUGUCAAUGUGCUCAAAUGUUCCAAGGAACCUCCACUUAUCCAAUUCGAUCUCUCUCAACAUGGAUAUUGCUCCUUGGAGUUCUCAACCCUUGGUCGUUCAUUCCCUCCUACCGCAUCUUCUGGGUACACCCUUGCAGUCUGGGCCCGCUUUGACCAAUUCGACUCUAACACUCAUACGACUAUAUUUGGUGCAUUUGAUUCGAGCCAGACAUGCUUCCUUUUAGCUUAUCUGGAAAAAGACACUCGCAACUUCAUACUGCAGACAUCCAUAAAGGGAUCACGUCCAAGCGUACGGUUCAAGUGUCAGAGAUUUGAACAGAAUAGGUGGUACCAUAUCUGCGUCGUCCACAAGAAGCCUAAACCGCCAUCACAUCACUCUCGAGCAUCCCUUUUCAUAGACGGAGAAUUUGUUGAACAACUAAGAAUUGAGUAUCCGUGUAUGCCUGCGGUCACUGCCUCGAAUCGUUCGCCGCGAGUUCAAGCCUUCCUAGGUACCCCUCAAGAUCUGGCAAUGAGAAUUGGAAAAGGGGUAUCAACUUCUCGAUGGUCUCUAGCAAAUGCUAUACUUUUUGGGGACGCCUACAGUGACGACAUGAUCUCAGUCUUCUACAACCUCGGCCCCCGAUACUAUGGCAAUUUCCAGGAUUGUCUCGGGUCUUUUCAGACAUACAGAGCUUCAGCAACUCUAAAUCUCCGUAAUGAGCACUUGCACCCCGGUAAAGAGGAACAAUCUGAUAUUGUCACUGCCAUUCGCCGAAAAGCUAGUACCCUGGUUCGCGAAAGCGCCAUUCUGAUUAAUGUCUCCUCAUGGGCCAUCCUGGACGACGAUGACAAUAAUACCACGGACGAAUCCCAGCUUAUCAAGUCACUCUCAAAACAAGCAGCAAAGCACCUUCAUCAAUUGACGAAAGCUGGAGGGAAUGCACUUGCUGUUAACGGCGCAAGUCCUGCAAUCAAUGACGCCCUUACCCAAACACACGGUGUUGGUAUUUUGACAGGCGACCCUGUGGUUACCUUACCACACUCCCUCGAUGAUAUGAGUUGGCGAAUUGGUGGUUGUGCGGCGAUACAUCUUAGUUUGAUCAACGCGGCCACUUCUGCGGAAACUCUCCUGCUCGCCGUUGAAGCAUUGUACGAAGCGGUUCAAGACAGCUGGCGUAAUAGCGAAGCAAUGGAGAAGGAAAAUGCCUAUGGAAUUCUUGCGGCCUUGAUACGUGAGAAGCUUGGGUGGGGAUGGGGAAGCUCUCCCUCUUCAACCAAGGUGACCACUGUCUGCUCUAGCCCUGAACAGCGAUCUGCCCUAUCCCUCAACCUUCUUCGCUUGACAUUGAAGUUUGUCGGUUAUGAUUUCGAGCAACCAAACCGGUCGAUCAUCACGAAUCCCCUGGCCUAUAGAGUGCUGCUUGUGGACCUGGACAUAUGGAGACAUGGUGAAAUGGCUCUCGUGGAGCUGUACUACUCACAAUUCUGUGUAAUGGCAAGUGGGAGUCAGUUUCGCCGAUUCAAUGCGAAGCGCCUUGCACGAAUGCGUGUUAACAAAAAAUUACUCGAGGCUUUGAAAGGCGGAGGCUUCACCCCAGAAAUCCUGCGACUUUUUACUCUGGCCUUUAGCUCCUUGAUGGAGAAUUGUUUGUCAGCUGAUCUUCUUCGUUCUCUGGCUCUUUUCAUCACGUACUCUCUGCACAAGCGCAAAGACCCCACUGGGUUACAGAAGAAAAAGAGCAUUAGAUUCUCCAAAGAUCCGGCGCAACGCGCAGGAACUCCUGACAUAGCGGGCAGCAUGUCAACCACUGCAGUUGCGGUAGAAAUGCUUCGCAUGUAUUGCUCCCUUCUCUGCGACACUCAUGACCUGGCCUUGAUAAAAAAAUUUGCCAAAACGGUGACCAACAAGUGGCUCCUAUAUUUGAUGAGCGAGGACGAACCGGAGAUUGUUGUCCUGGCAGCUAGGAUACUCGCUCGUGUCCUUGUGGUUAGCGGUAGCAGUUACAACACAAGAUUUAGCGAAAAAAACGGUGGAUACGUCAUUAUGCGAGGCUGUCUUAGACGAUGGUGGACUAUACCCGCCAUGUGGCCCAUCUGCUUCUCCAUACUCUUCGGGGUCGACAUUGGUGCGAUGAUGGCCGGCAAACCGUUCGAGCAAGCCUCUUUCUCGGACCUAUUCAAGCAGGAUGAGGUUCGAGUCUGUUUUCCCGAAAUGUUUCCGGUGAUCGUGGAAAUGAUGCGAAGCGCCCUGAGAAAAUCAGUCCUGACGAAUGAGGAUACAUAUGGCCUAGACCUUGUGCAAACUGCCAAGCCUGGCAUGGGGCAACAUGUGCCCGUUGCGACAACAGACCAGCAAUCGUUGCUUUUGGCGACGGUUAUUGAAUUUCUCGCCGAUCUACAUGUGAAGUCACCGGGCUUUCGCGAAUUCGCUGUGCAGCCAGAGUACAUCCAGCAAUUGUUCUCGGUGCUGUUUACGGUCGUUGUCGGCUCGGACUCGGUGAGUGCUGAUAUCGAAUUAGCCUACCGAGUCAACGGUCUGGGUCUCGAUGACCAGAAUUCCGCUAGCGCUUCUCAGACAAGAAGCACCAGUGACCUGCGGACAACAAAUGUCGAAAAUUCUCAAAUUCGUGAUGCGAGUAGCGGGACCCUCGCUCGUACAUCUUCAUUUAUCCUAGUGUCAUCUGAACAAGGGAGGAACUCGCGCCCUCCCUUACGGAUUCGUCAGGCCUUGCCCGCAGGGAGUAUUGAGAUCGAUGGAAGCACGCAACAUCCGUUCAUUUCACGUAUUUUAGGCCUGGCCUUGUCAAUACUUUCGGAACAGCUGCUCGAGCGAAAGGACUUCUCCGGCCUUGGUCUGUUCUCCAAGACGCCGCCGGGUUUCCUAGAACAUCAAGCAUAUUUCAACUCCUGGGUGCUGAAAAGCUUCCUUUCAACCCUGAAAAGAGUUGUACUCUCGAAGACCGAGUUUCUGUCGGAACCACGGGUGCUCACCAAUCUAGGGCGCUUUACAACGCACCUAGUUGAAGCAGCACUAGAAGGCUGGUUUGUGGAUGGUGCCAUUACCACUCUUGAGUUUGCCGGUACGAUUUUAGAGUAUCUGCAGCGGCCGGAGAUAUCGCGUCAAAAGAGCAUAAGACUAUGCAGCCAGGUGAUUGCUACGAUUCGAAUGAACGUGUUCAGGGUCGUUUUGGUUCAGCUCUCCGAAGUUCAAGGUCCAGAUGCAUUGUUGUUCUUGAACCGGUUGUCUUAUUGGCAGGUGGUGCUCUUGCAGGCGGGCGAGUCGCAGGCAGAUUACCUCCAAUUGCUAUGCUACCUGCUAUACAUUAAAUUGACUGACAACAACCAGGAUGUGCGCCUGGCUGCUGCAGGUCUUUUCAGGAUCAUCAUGGUACAAAAGCCAGCCGAGCUGUUCGCAAUCUUGAGCCAUGCUGCAGCUCCACUCCAGGAACGUCUCACCCGCGGCUUCGAAGCUCUUGCGGGCAUGGAUGAUACCUCAUUUUUGCAGUGGAUAGAUGACAAGGCAGACGACCUCAAUGCUUUAUUCUUGGGAACCAUCGCCAAGGACUGGGAAGACUUCAUCCAGGAGCAGAGUACGAAUGCCGAGAACUCUUCACGCACUCGAAUGUCUAAGCGUCAUGACAAGCUUAAACAGCUAAGUCAACUAGAUAAGACCGGCGAUGAAGUGACUCGAAGACACGAGGCCACGUUUCCCCAUUGGAUCUCAAACAUAUCAGCCUCCGAGUUUCUGAAGUAUCAAAGAGCUCUGCAAGACCAACAGGACAGUUACACGUUCAUGUGGAAUGUAUUCUUCCGCCUGACCUUGGACCUGCGGCGGCACGGCGGUAUUCUUGCUGAGGAUAAGGAAAGGAAAUGGCGGCUUGACCAGACAGAGGGUCGAAGCCGUAUGCGACUUCGUAUAGUACCGGACGACUCCGGGGAGAGGCAGGACUAUCAGCCCAAGCGCAAGGCGUCAGAACCACCCGCUCCUAAAGUGGACACGACAAGGGCCUCGUCUUCUACAGAACCCAUCUCUCUGAACCCUGUACCUAUGGACGAUGAGAGGUCGGACGACAAUUCUCAAAAUCCUGGGCAAAAUAGCAGCUCUCUGGAAGAGAGUUUCGAGAUGAUUGAUGAUCCCAAGGCGGACCUCGAAGACUACGAGGAUAAGAACAGAAAAGUCAUGAGGAGUCUACACCGUGGUGAUCAAGUCGAGAAUCUCUGCAAUGUGUCUCGAAUUGUUGGACUAGAGGCCAAUGAAGGGCUUCUAAUCCAGGGCAAGGAUCAUAUUUAUAUCCUGGACAAUUUCUUCCAACGUGCUGAUGGUGAAAUCGUCAAUGUUUCCCAGGCACCCUCUGAUGAGCGCGACCCUUAUGUUCGAAUGAUCGCUGGCAGAGAAGCCAGUGAGCGCAAGCCUCAAGAAUAUGAGACUAGGAGCUGGAAAUGGACGGAUCUAGUCAGUGUCUCCAAGAGGCGAUUCCUUUUCCGUGAUGUCGCCCUCGAAAUUUUCUUUACAGAUGGAAGCAGCUAUCUUUUGACCUUGAUUUCAUCCAAGGCUCGGGAUAGCUUGUGUAGCCAGCUUGCCAACAAGGCUCCACAAGUGACAGGAAACGCUGGACACUCGCGACCAGAAGACAUUUGGCGGUUUGAAGCCCUCCGAAGCUCCGAUGAUGCGCCACAAUCCCUAGGGUCAAAGUUCGCCAGCGUCUUUGGUCACUCGCCGGUAUACCCAGCGACUCGUAAAUGGGUCAAAGGGGAGAUCUCGAACUUUCACUAUCUCAUGUUGAUCAACACCCUUGCAGGCAGGACGUUCAACGAUCUGACACAGUACCCUGUUUUCCCCUGGGUCAUUGCCGACUAUACCAGCCAGGAACUCGAUCUGACGAACCCGAAGAGCUUCCGUGAUCUGUCCAAGCCGAUGGGCUGUCAAACGCCAGAGCGAGAGGCCGAACUCAGAGAACGGUACCAAGCAUUUGCCGAAAUGGGCGAUGGCGAUUCUCCGCCGUUCCAUUAUGGCACACAUUACUCCUCAGCGAUGAUUGUGAGCUCUUACCUGAUUCGCCUUCAGCCGUUUGUAAAGGCAUAUCUCCUGCUGCAAGGAGGUACAUUCGAUCACGCGGAUCGUCUUUUCUAUUCCGUCGGCAAGGCUUGGGAGUCCGCGUCGCGGGGGAACAUGUCCGAUGUGAGGGAGCUGAUUCCUGAAUUCUUCUACCUUCCCGAGUUCUUGGUCAACUCCAACAAGUAUGAUUUUGGAUUCCUUCAGAACAUGGACACCGCGAUCGACUCGGUGGAGCUGCCGCCCUGGGCGAAGGGCGAUCCCAAGAUCUUUAUCGCGAAGAAUCGCGAGGCGCUAGAGAGCCCCUAUGUGACAAGAAAUCUGCACCAUUGGAUUGAUCUGGUGUUUGGAUGCAAGCAAAAAGGCGAGGCAGCUAUUGAAGCAGUCAAUGUCUUCCAUCACCUUUCAUACCAAGGAGCCAAGGAUAUCGAAUCCAUUGACGACCCUGUAGAGCGGCUGGCCACAAUUGGCAUUAUCCAUAAUUUUGGGCAAACACCGCAUCAAAUUUUCAAUCGAUCUCACCCGCAAAACGAGGCGCAUAAACACAAGACUCCACGGUUGGAUUCACUUGCUGAGUCGCUCACUCAGCUACCUCUUUCAUUGCUUGAUAUCGGAGAGCGAGUCUCAUCUUUGUCCAUGAAACACGACCGGCUGUUGUGUACUGCUGCGCUAAGACUCAAUAUACCCCCAACCUAUGACAAGUAUAUGGAGUGGGGGUUCUUUGAUGGCAGCGUUAGAUUCUACUCCUCCGACAACCGAAAGCUACUUGGCCACUUUGAGCACCUUCACGUCGGCCAACUGUCCUGCGCAGCCUUUGCGGAUUCUCGAACAUUAGUCACUGCAGGAACCGAUUGCACCAUCUCCAUAUGGACUUUCACGGCAACAGCCAAGUCGGUAGACUUGCAGCCUGCAGGAUCGUUGUUCGGACAUCGUUCAUCAGUGGCUACUCUCGCGGUAUCACGGUCCUUUAGUACUUUGCUGUCAGCGUCUCUGGACGGUCAGCUUAUGCUUUGGGACCUGAACCGACAAUGCUUUGUUCGAGAACUUCCAGCUAAGGGGCCAGUCGAUUGUGCUCGGAUAAACGAUGUGACGGGGGAGAUAGCGGUUUGUCGAGGGAACCGCCUCAGUUUGUACACUCUGAACGGUGCUCUGUUACUGGAGCAGACUGUCUGCGACUCGACAGAUGAUAAGACACUAGCCUGCGUCUUCUACGAAGGAGUGGGCGAUGAGUGGCAGGAGCGAGACCUUCUCUUCACGGGCCAUCGGAGAGGUGUCGUCAAUAUCUGGAGCAAGAUCAUGCGCAAUGGCCGAUUCGAGUUGGAGUUGAUUCGGCAACUCCAUCACAUUGACAACAACCGCGACAACGGGGCAAACAUUACAGCAGGGAUUAGCUGUAUCCUUGCCCUUCCGCAGGUGGUGUAUACUGGGGAUGAGAUGGGACGAGUGUAUGAAUGGAGCUGUGUCCAGCGUCGAUGA